AUGAAGCGAGGUAAAUCAAAUCUCCCCAAAGAUCGAGACAGCAAAUAUUUGACCCGCCCGGGGCUGCGGCCCCUCAAGCCCCCCCUCCCGGACCCGGCUUAUCAACUUAGCCCGGGAUAUUGCCGUCGUAAUGGAGUCUCCCCUCCCUGGGAUUGGGCGCCGCAGAUAAUUGCGGUAGGGUCAGCAUCUAUUGUGUAUUCCGUUAUCGUUUGA